AUGACGAUCCAACUCUGGCGCCUAACGGCUACCCAAGCUCUUGGAAAAAUCAGGGCCAAGGACCUCACGAUUGAGCAGUAUGCAUCCUCUCUAUUGGAACGAAUCAAACAGCGCGACGACGAUGUUAGAGCCUGGGUAUAUCUCGAUCCAGCCGCCGUUCUGGAACGAGCCAAGCAACUAGACCAAGUACCCUUGGAGAAGCGAGGACCACUUCAUGGCCUGCCAGUUGCAGUCAAGGACAUCAUCUAUACCAAAGAUAUGCCAACGGCGCAUGGUUCACCCAUCUAUAAAGAUCAUGUUGUAGCAGUAGAUGCAGGGUCCGUCACUAUUCUUCGAAAUGCUGGGUGCCUCAUAUUCGGCAAGACAACAACAACUGAAUUUGCAGCCGUGUUCGCUGGGCCCAAGACCCGAAAUGCCCAUAGUAUCACGCGCACCCCAGGCGGCUCCUCUUCUGGAUCCGGCGCAGCUGUGGCAGACUUCCAGGUACCUAUUGCGCUUGGGAGUCAAACCAUGGGCUCCAUCGUCCGCCCAGCCGCCUUCAAUGGGACAUACGGUUUCAAGCCGACAUGGAACGCUAUCACACGAGAGGGACAGAAGUUUAGUGCCCUGACAUUCGACACCAUCGGCUUCUUCACUCGCAGUGUUGAUGACAUCGAAGCCUUGAUGGAUCUCUUUGCGGUCUAUGAUGACGAGGAGAGUGCAUUCACUGAUAUUCAGGGCUCUCGUAUCGCUGUCUGUAGAACGAUACAGUGGAGCCUCGCCGGCCAAGGAACCAUAAACGCCAUGGAAAAGGCCGUGGAGUUACUCAAAGCCCAUGGAGCUCAAGUCGAGGAAAUCAGCCUCGGUUCUGAUUUCGAUCGCGUUGUCGAAUGGCACGGCAAACUCGGCCAGACUGAGGGCGGCACCACUUUCCUCCCCGAGUACCUCUCUGCCAAGCAGAAUCUGCACGAUCAUUUGGUCGGAUGGGUUGAGAAUAAGCAAAGAAUCACUCAUAAGGAUCAGCUCGAAGCGUACGACGGUCUCUCCGCCCUACGUCCAAAGUUUGACGCCAUCGCGAGCCGUUACGAUGCUGUUCUGGCGCCGAGUGUUCUGGAUGAAGCACCAGAAGGACUAGAUAAUACUGGGAGCCCGAUUCUUGCUUCAACUUGGACGGCGCUGCACUCCCCAGUCAUCAACAUUCCGGGGUUUCGGGGUCCGAAUAACAUGCCGGUCGGGGUUUCGCUUGUCGCACCCCGUUUCAAAGAUCGUCACCUCCUCAAGGUGGGCAAAGCCGUCGGCCGUAUCUUUGAGACAGAGGGUGGAUGGACUCAAGGAUCAUAA